CAUUCAUAAUUGAAAAACCCAUUAAAAUUGAACAUUCUUCCGCGGUCAUGUGAUGCUGCAGUCGACUCAGCGUCUGCGUCAGUGUGCAAUGAUGCCCCGACAGCAGGAGAAGUUCCAGAAAAUACUCCACGCGACAUUCGUCUGCUUAAAUCUCUUUGUCGCCUUCAAUCAUGCCGGCGAUUACAAUGGCUACAUGGUGUAUCAGUUGUCCCCGAACACAUCAGAGAAAAUUGCGGUAUUGAAAAGCUUGGAAAGCGUAACAGGAUAUGACUUUUGGCAAGAACCUGGGCGCAAAACCAGCCACUUGAUGGUAGCACCGGAGCAGCAGCACGAAUUCGAAAAACGGAUGGCUGCAUCGCAGAUUCAAACAACCAUCGCCAUAAACAACGUCGCAGAGCAUCUGCGAAAAGAUGGAACGUAUCGCGACGGUCAAAAGGAAAAAUCUAACAAAGGUACCCGACGUAGGUUCCUUCGACCCGAUUGGAAAAAUUUUUCAUUCGAACGAUAUCUAAAAUACAAUCAUAUGUUGAGACUGGUUAGGGGCGUCGUUGCUAAAAAAUCUACAGCGAACGUCAUCACGAUAGGGCAAACCUAUCAAGGGCGGAAAAUGAUCGCCGUCAAACUAUCGACUUGUGACAAUAAUCCGGUAAUCGUGAUAGAUGGAGGAAUUCACGGCCGCGAGUGGGCCGCACCGAUGUCUGUUCUCUAUAUACUGCAGAAGCUCAUCGACGACGACGAAGUGAUUAAAAAGUUGACCUUUUACAUAAUCCCUCUCCUUAAUCCUGAUGGCUACGAGUAUUCCCGACGGAAAGACCGCUACUGGAGAAAGACAAUGUCCAAGACUCCCUUUACCAAGUGUCGAGGAGUUGACGGCAACAGGAACUUUGAUUCUCAUUGGAACGAAUCCGGAACCGAGGGUGACCCUUGUUCGCAAUUGUACUCGGGACCCGAACCAUUUUCCGAAUCCGAAACACGAGCUUUACGAGAUCUAAUAACUUCAGUGACGCCUGUCAUGUACAUCACGUUUCACAGCUACGGAGGCCUAAUCCUUUACCCCUGGGGCUAUGCCCCUGAUCUACCAGACAAUUGGCCGGAAUUGCAUUUAUUAGGGAAGAAAGCAGCCGAUGAAGUGAAAAGGCUCUUCAACACGGAGUACGUUGUUGGCGCCUCAACGAACUUAUUAUACCCGGCAUCCGGUGGCAGCGACGAUUGGUCUAUGGAAAAAGCUGGAGUACAAUUAGUUUACUGCAUAGAACUAGAAGAUUUUGGAUCAAAAUUUGAGCCAUCACCGAACGAACUAAAGAAGAUCGUCCAACACGCUAAUACGCUCGUGCAAGUUUUCACAAAGCAUGUGGAAGAAAACUACGCGUCUUAAUAUCAAUUAAAUGGCGAAUGAGGGAAAAAAUUAGACGAAAAACUAGAUAAGUGCGAAUAAACACUUAUUUACGUUUUUCGA